UUUAUUUGAAUGCGCGUGCACGUGCGCAUGCCAGCGUGCAGAUGUGAAUUCGGCGUUGAGGUUGUUAUCCGGUAGAGGGCGGAGUAAGAGUAUAAGAGAGAAAGUGAAGAGCGGGGAAGCUGGAGCUGCAGAGGGCUGGAGCUGCGGACAGGAGCGGAUCUAGGCUGCAGCGGAUGCCGGGUACCUGCACCCUGAGUUCGGUCGGCAUGAAAGGCACGAGUUGGGGGUCCUCCGGUUGGCUUGUAUUAGCACGAGUCGCGGUUUGAGAGACUAGUCUGGUGUCCGGUGCGCGUCCACACACACACAGACAUCCACACUCUACGUCUUAAGAAUAGCGGGAGAUGCAUUACGUCAUAGCCUCCCGUUGCCCUAGAUGACCGCGCGCGGGACGGGAUGAUGCAGGGCUGCUGGACUAGAACAGGAAAGGAUUCCGCUGCUGCUCGCCAGUGCCCGGUGGCUGUGUCUCUGCUGGACGAGGAAGUAGGGGAGCCGCCGUCGCGCGGCCGCCGGUGCUGAUGGCUCCUCUCGCCGUAAGCGGGAAAGAGACACAGCAGUCGCCGCGGCGCAAGAGGGAAGGGGACAGCAGGUAUCUGGGAAGUGACGUGGUAUCCGCGCCCCACGAGAAAGCACAACGGUGCGGUUGUCGUGCAUUUCGCAGGAGGGCAGGAGCGGGAAGGGGAACAUGGCCGCGCAGUCGGACGGCGGCAAAGCCGGUGUGGGGUACAGCGGCGGUUUCGCCCAGCUGUACGAUGUUGACGGCGAGGAGCCGAUGGACUCUGCCGCGAUCCACAUCUGUCAGUGCUGCCGCACCUCCGCUUGCUACUGGGGCUGCCGCUCAGCCUGCCUCGGCUCCCUGCUCGGCGGGGGCCAGCCUAUCGGAGGGGUCGGCAUCCGGGAGACUCACCUCCCGCCCCGGGAGCAGCUGUGGCUGGACUGCCUCUGGAUCAUCCUCGCCCUCCUCGUCUUCUUCUGGGACGUUGGCACGGACCUGUGCCUGGCGAUGGACUACUAUCAGAGACAGGACUACCUCUGGUUCGGCCUCACUCUCUUCUUCGUGCUGGUGCCGUCUGUGCUGGUCCAGAUUCUGAGUUUCCGCUGGUUCGUGCAGGACUACACCGGUGGGGGGCUCGGAGAGGUGGAGGGGCUGACCAAGCGGGGCGCGGUGGCUCUGGGAUGCCUUUAUCCCGGCAGGGACCGCCUGCAGCUGGCCACCAUCUGGCUGUGGCAGGCCACCAUACACAUCCUCCAGCUGGGACAAGUGUGGAGGUACAUCAGGACUCUGUACCUGGGCAUCAUGUCGCGUCGGCAGAAGGAGCACCAGCGCCGCUGGUACUGGGCCAUGAUGUUUGAGUACGCAGACGUCAACAUGCUGCGGCUGCUGGAGACUUUCCUGGAGUCUGCACCUCAGCUGGUCCUGCAGCUCUGCAUCAUGAUCCAGGAGAACCGAGCCGAGACGCUGCAGUGCAUCUCCUCCCUGGGGUCCCUCCUGUCUCUGGCCUGGGUUCUGGCCUCCUACCACAAACUCCUGCGAGAUUCUCGUGACGACCAGCGUAGCAUGAGCUAUCGCGGGGCGCUGCUGCACCUCUUCUGGCGCCUCUUCACCAUCUCGUCCCGCGUCCUCUCGCUUGCCCUCUUUGCCUCCCUCUUCCACAUCUACUUUGGCAUCUUUGUAGUAGUUCACUGGUGUGCCAUGGCCUUCUGGGUGGUGCACGGAGGCACAGACUUCUGUAUGUCCAAGUGGGAGGAGGUGCUCUUCAACAUGGUAGUUGGCAUUGUCUACAUCUUCUGCUGGUUUAAUGUGAAGGAGGGCCGGACGCGGUACAGAAUGGUGACGUACUACAUCGUGGUGUUGGCCGAGAACACCAUCCUCACUGGACUGUGGUACGCCUACAGGGAUCCAGUGUUGACCGACUCCUACGCUGUCCCAGCGCUGUGCGGCGUCUACCUGACGUUCAUCGGCGGCGUCCUGAUCAUGCUGUUGUACUACGGCUUCCUCCACCCUGCCAGCGCCCACCUCCAGCCGAGCCCAGCCUCGUCCUGCUGCGCCCAGCUGCUCUGGGGUCUCCCCCUCCCCCCGUCAGCCCCGCCCACCGCCCCACCCACCCCCGCCCACAUGGCCAAGUCGCAGACGGAAGAGGAUGUGGCCGAGACGUGUCUUCCCGUCUUCCAGGUGAGAUCGGCCCCCAUCACCUCCAAGCCAGAGGGCCCACUGAUAAAAAUCGACAUGCCCAGGAAGCGUUAUCCAGCAUGGGACGCCCACUACGUAGACAGGCGCCUGCGGAGGACUAUAAACAUCCUGCAGUACAUAACGCCGGCCGCAGUGGGCAUCCGCUACCGUGAUGGACCCCUACUGUAUGAACUGUUGCAGUAUGAGUCCUCACUCUGACACACACACACACACACACCAACAUCAAUGCAACUAAGCACAUACGCACCGUAAUAAAGUCAUGUAUGAAUACAUGUCUUUUUUACAUGGAUGUUCAGAUUAAGAGAAGAUUUAGAAACACAUUCGCACACCAUACAAUGUCGCACUUGAUGUAAGCACACAGACUUAAAAGCAAUCUGUCACACUUUAAUGCGUGCACACACACACACACUCACACCCACACCCACACACAUUCCUUGCGGGCACCUGUGAGUCCCAUGGCCAUGACUCAACAAGCUGCUUCAGCGCGAGUCCAUCUCUUUCUCUCCUCUAGCUUUCCAACUCCUCUGAUCACUCGUCAUCUGCUCUCAUUGAUUAAAUAUCACACGUUUGCUCUCCGUUGUGAAGAAAAAAACUAAAUAUUGAAAAAUGAGCGCAGUUUUACUUCGGAGUCUUUGACCACCGCAUGCCGUUUAUGUUGCGUCGCUCACACUUUCACGGGUUUCAGUAGAAUAAAAAGAAGUGACACAAAGAAAGAACAAACGUCACUUUUAAUAAAAGGAGUUCGUGAACGUGUUGUCGUUAGUCUUGUCCAAAGGUAGUGUAUAUAUUUUCUAUGUACAGAAAGGAUGUUUUUUAUGUACCGUUGCGUUGUUGUCGACUGGGGACAAAGCAGUUGGACACAUCGGUUUUGGGGGUUGGUCGACAAGGUUACCAGGGAGAGUAGCAGAGCCUGAUGGGAAAGAUGGAGACACAGAGGAUAUGGCAUUUAAUUAAUUUAACUUAAAGUUUGCGCUACAGGAAUAGUUUUACAUUUUUGGGAAUACAAAACUUUGUAUUCUUGCCAGAGUUAGAUGAGAAGAUCUUUCUCUCUCUACACUAAGUAUGGAGCUAGAGCCAGGAGCAGAUUAGCUUAGCUAAGAUGCUAGCCUCUCUACGUUCAAAGUUAAAGAAAGGAGAGACUGGUAUCAAUCUUCUCAUCUAACUCUCAGCCAGAAAGCCAAUAAGCAUAUUUCAAACUAUUUUUCCAAGCAUGCCAACAAUUAAGCAUACACUGUGUUAGGUGUCAGCUGCAACAUUAAGUCUGAAAGUGAGAACAUGAGAAGGUGUAACAGCUCAAAAUAAGACCCAAUAGCUCCGGAAUGGCUGCCAAUAUACGACUAAAAGAUUACUGUGCCAAAAUGACUAUGCAUUGGAAGAAUUAGUUUCCUGUUUGCUGAAAUAUACUCCAAAACAAAACUAGCAUCAGUUAUACAUUACAAAUCUACAGGCCGUAUGCUAAAAAGAAAUGUCGUAGUCCCUUUCUCUCACUCAACACCUUGUAUGCUUAGCUGUUAGCAUGAAGCUAGAAGUGAAGAUUUACUGAGGACAGGUGGAGGAUUUUAAUGCUACAGUUCUUAAUGCUAAACAUGUAUACUAGUCAAUGUGCCAUUAUCUUUCCAUCUCCAAAAUAGUGAAGUCUAAGAGAAGAAUCCAAAACACAGUGGCACCAUCAUCUUCUAGAUAAAGGCCCAUGUUAGUGGAAUAAGUGUCUGCUGUAUGGUUAUAUCAUAAAUAUCAGCGAACACAGGAAGGUUAGUAAUGUGUAUGCCAUUUAGGGUUCCAACAGUUCAUCUCCAUCAUGUUCUCUUAUGCUGAGGGUUAGAUUAUCUUUAAUCAUUCCGUCGGAUUUGCCUUGAUAGGCAAUGACAUAAAUGAAAAACUGAAAGAGCCAAUGCAUUUUGCAAUCAUUUUUAUCUCAGUCUACUGCUACAUUUUCCUGUGAGUGAUUUCUAAAUCAUGUUGAUCCCACACUAACAGGGUGCUGCCACUGAAGCUGAUAUAAAACAGUUUUGGACUUUAAUCGUCACAACCCUCUCGAUAACUUGACUCUUCUUGUAACAAGUCCCGAACCGACUCCUCCAAAUCCACCCACGGCUGAGCUGUGAUGUAUGGCUCAUUAUUUAUUUAUUUUGGGUUUGUUUAUCCCUUUAAACCAAGCUGUUAAAUUGGCAGGCGACAACAAAUUAGGCGAGAUAUCAGUCAUGGGCCUGUCGACAGGAACAUUGCUCCUGAAAUCACACGCCAUCAGGGGGCCACCUAACACCGUGUUGCGAGUGUUUGCGAGGUAGUGAAAGUGUUUUUGCCGUCCAACCUUUUCUCCGGUCCCAUGUCAACGAUGCAGCAGGCAAAAACCCAGCCAUUAGACAUUUCUGAUGGUGCAGUUACAAAUGACAAACACAAACACACACAUGCUUCUUAUUAUAGCUGCUGUCCAAGGGGAUCGAGCAGGUGACCGAGAAAGAUAUUGCAUGUGUUAAAAAGGGGUACGUCAACAUUUUGGGGGGCAAUUUUGGUCUCUGAUUUUUUUCUCAUUGAAACAAAGGUUGAAAGCAAGCUUGUUUUCAAUGAGUACAAUUGGCCAUCAAAUGAGCAGAUCCAUCAGCGCUUGAAAGCAAAUGGCAAGAAACAACAAAGCAACUUUGAUGGUCUGCUGGGAAUGAAUGGAAAAGGACCAGUAUAUAAACUGAAAGGCUGAUGAGGGAAGUGGAACAGGUGUGUAGAUGGUUGAGGCAGUCAGGGGAUGGGGAAAGGAGGGAUGAAGAGGCCUGAGAGUUGUUUUCUAUCAUUAUCAAUAUAUUGAAUCCUUUUAUAGACCAUUGGUUGUCGUUUUAGCUUGUGAUCCCCUAAAAGAGUACUACACCAAAUUAGCUUUACAUUCUUUUAACAUUGUCGGACUCACAAUAGACAGUUAAAAAACUAAAAUCUAAAUCGAUGCAGCAAAACCAGACGUAUUGUCUAUUUUUAUUCCUU